CUGUCGUGUUGCUCAUGAUCAGGAAAGUUACAUCGUUUUAUGGUUCUGUUAGGCAAAUUUCACACAGCGGGAUAGUUUCUAAACGAGAAUGUAUUCGGCAUUACUUGAACUCUUACAGUCGGAACAUUUAACAUUCUUAUAAUACACAGAACAGUUUUCGUCGCGACAAGAGCCAGCUUCUAGCUGGAAUCAGCGGGACACUGACCGAUUAUAUAAACUGUCGAAUCGAACAGCUUUAAUGCUGUAAUUUUAAAUAGUUUUGAUUUUUCUGUGUGUGUCAAUAUUCUACUGGACUGAAAUCACUAUAAAACCUUAACUAAACCUGUGCUCCCUUACGAAUGGAAUAACGCGAUAAAACCUGCAAAAUAAGCACUGCGCUGUGUAGCAGCGAUCAUGUGCGAAUGAUGGAAUGGAACAAACUUCCCCGAUCACAAUGGACAUCAUCCAGUCAAUCACGUGCCAGUAUGAUGAGAUUAUCUGCCGUGCCGCAUCGUCGUAUCAUCUUCCUGUUGAGCACAUGUUGCUGGCUUUUACUGCUGACCCAGCAUCGCCAUCAUUCCGCACACGCCGUCUCCGUAAUGGAUCUGCUCAACCUGCAGGAAUCCGAUGUCAUAGAUCUGACCCAUCCUUUCAACAACCAGACGGUCUAUUAUCCGACCAUGGAGCAGUUGGGAUUCACCUUCCAGCUGGGAACGGUGUAUCGCGGUGUGGAUAAGCGAGGUCAUUAUAGCGCGGCAUAUUGGUUCCAAGCUGCCGAACACGGCGGCACGCAUAUAGACGCUCCGCUGCAUACACAGGAAAACGGGAGUAGCGUAGAAGGGAUCCCUGUAACACAGCUCAUAGGCGCCGCAGUGGUCAUCGAUCUCUCUCGAGAAGCCCGCCGGAAUCCAGACUACAAGGUGUCCGUGGAGGAUUUCGAGAGCUGGGAGGCGCAGAAUGGUCGCAUCCCGUCCAAUUCUAUACUUUUGCUCAACUUUGGCUGGGCCCGUCGAUGGCCUAAUCGAAACGCAUUGUACGGGACCAAACAUUUUCCCGAAGACACCGUCUUCCGGUUUCCCGGUGUGAGUAUACGGGCAGCCAACUGGGUGCUCCGACAUCGCACGCCCAAAGCCAUUGGCACAGACGCACCGUCAAUCGAUCCCGGUAGUGAGCAACGACUCUUCCCGGUGCAGCAUCUUCUCGGUCGUGCCAACGUUAUCGUGAUUGAGUUCGUCGCCAACCUGGACCGGAUGCCGCCAAUCGGCGCGAUCGUCAUCGGUCUUCCAAUGAAAAUCGAUGGCGGCAGUGGAGCGCCUGUGCGUCUAAUUGCCGUGCAGCUGCAGAAUGCUUUCUUUCCCUCAGACGAUAUGUUCACACCGGCCCCGGUAACCAGACGCAUUAAAGGUCAACGCAAGAAUGCCACGGCCGCACGUGACCGGCUGGCCGUCACCUCCAUCGAGCCGGUCAGUCCAACGCCUAACCCGACCAAUACACGCGUCACAUCCAAGGGAUCUAAAGAUCAUUUGGACAGAUCGAAAAUAGUCGCGGCCAACAACAACUGCUGGCGUCCUGCUAUAAGCAAUAAUAUCAUGCGACAUUUGAUCCUUUUAAGCAUCUAUUCCAUCCUGUUAACAGUCAGAUAGUACCCGGCACAGUCUCGUGAAAUUUCGAAGCGAUUUGUUUCUAAACAUUCUUCACAUUUUUAACAAAUCAGCUGGCCUAGUACAGCGCAUACAAGUUGGUACAGAUUAUUCAUUAAAGCCACCGGCUACUGCACAUGUUGGAAGGGAUCAAGUUGCAGUUGCGUCGCUAAAG